AUGGGAGAUACAUUUUCAUUUAGAUCUUUUCUUUCGGGUGGUAAUCCAUGUACCAUCGCAGGUAGUAAUACUUCUACUUCUGUAAUGCAACAACAACAUCAACAACAACAACAACAUCAACAACAGCAGCAACAUCAACAACAACAUGCAAUUUAUCAACAGCAACAACAACAACAUCAGAUGUUACAACAACAACACCAACAAUAUCAACAACACCAGAGAGAAGAGAUGACUACACUCAAUGUGAACAUUGGCAAUGAGUGUAAGACGCUGUCGGUGCCAAAGGGUACAUCGUUCAAAGAUCUGGCAGGAACGAUCAAAGAGACGUUCGGUCUCAACACAAAGACAACUCUCAAUAUCAAGUGUGAAAAUAAGAAUGGUGACAUGUUCAACCUCGCCUCUGACUGUCAUCUUCGUAAAGCAUAUAGAUCGAAUGGCGACGACGCUCAAUUAAGAUUAGUAGUUAAAGAAGUACAACCUUGUCAUUUCUCAAGUUCAUUAUUUUCAUUCUUGGGAUUUGGUGGUGAUAAUAACAACAGCUGCAACAGCAAUAGCAAUAGUAACAUAGCCAACAGUAGUCAUAUUAAUAAUAACAUUCAACAAAGUAAUAUGAAUAAUAAUAAUACUAGUCAUAAUCAAAAUAAUAAUAAUAGUCAUUUCAGUCAUCAAAACAUGAAUCAGAAUAAUCAUCAUGUAUUUAGUGGACUGAGCGGUUUAGGUGGAUUGUCGACGACAGGCGUUGAGGUUCAAUCGAAUUUUGUAAACAACAGUGGAACUAGCAGUUCUGUUGCCUCCAUUGCUGCUCCCACCCCAGGUUUUUUGAAUAGAAAGGAGUCAGUACUGCUGGAUUCAAAUCUAAAUAUGAAAGAGCAACAAUAUAUUCAACAACAACCACAACAGCCACAGCAACAACAACAACAAUCAAAGUCAACACAACCAACUACCAUUCCAACAAGUAUGUUUAGAUCUUAUCCAACCAAUCACACAACACUACUGCCAUCGAGUAAUCAUCAUAUUGGAAAUCACCAUCACCACCAUCAUAAUCAUCAUCACCAUCACACUCACCUUGGAAAGUCUGUUUACGGACUAUCGACCAAUUUCUCUACACUUUCGAUCAACAAUCAAUUCUCGACUUCCAAUAGUAGCGGCAGCAACAACAACAACAACAUAACAAGUAAAUCACCCGAGCCAUCGUCACCCAUCAACAUUCCACCACCAAACACAGCAACCUCACCAAGUAAUAAUACUUUUGGUAGUAUAUGUAACAGCAAAAAGCAAACAACAACCUCACCCUCUUCCACACCACCCAUUCGAAUAUCCGCCAACACUCCUUCCAUUCCAACGAAUCACACUCCACACUAUCCAACCGCCAAUAAUCAACCUAAAGUACUUCCACCUAUUUUCGCUUUCAAUCCAGUGAAAUAUUAUUUUAAUCAACAACAACACCAGCAACAACAACAACAAUCGACACCAUCAAAUAUUCCAACAACAACCUCACAAGGAUCUCAAUUAAAUUCUUCAUCCGAAAACAAAACAAAAGCAACCACUGCACCACCAACCAAUCAACCACUAACAACAAUGAAUAGAAAUGAAUCAUUUGAGUUUAUGCAGUUUGAUAAUGAUACCGAUUCACAAUUGAGUAGCAGCGGCAUUGAAGAUGAUGAAAUGGAUUCCAUCAAUACAUCUAUACCGUCAGAGGCCACCAGAUGUUCACCAGCUAUUAAAGUUUCGACUCCCCCCGCCAGUAUUAGCACACCAACACCGUCGUCAGUGUCAUCGGUUUCGUCAGUGUCCUCUGCCACUUCGUCAUCGGCCGCUGCCUGCGGUAUCCCCGCGGGAAUGGCCUCGUCCAAAGAGGUCCAAGAAUUCAUUUGUGAAGUCACCAAGUUCUUCCAGAGUCUGCGUAUGACCACCGACUUUGAGGAGCAACGUAACCUCAAAAAGACGAUUUGUUCCACCAUCCAAUCCAAGCUUGUCACCAUGCCAUGGAUCCUCGGUGUCUUCCCACAGCUGCGCCAAUUCGCUGCCGACCAAUGUCCAACCAUCCCGGUGCCACCCAACACUCCACCACCUUCACCCUCCCACCAAUCGCCACUCUACGACAUGACUCAAAAGUCACAGGUCUCCAUCUUUGAAGUACCGGGCGACCUGUCCAUCGAAACACUCAACUCGCAUCUCCAACUGCAGUCCAAGAUCGAGUCGCUCAUGAUCAAGGAGAACGACGAACCAUCACACCAAACAACACUCGCCAAGUCGUCCGGCCAAAAGUCGGCCAUGACCUCGUCGCAACUCGCUUCCAACAAGAUGCAGUACGCCGCCCGCAAAAUCGAGGGUCCCACCAUUCACAAGGGAUUCACCUGCUCGCUGUGCACUCAGUCACCCAUCGUUGGCAAUCUCUAUUACUGCGCCACCUGUAUAUCUUUCAACUUUUGUGAUCACUGUAAAAUACAAAAACAUCCGGGUUGUCCAAACAAUCAACAACACUCGAUCAUCACCGUCACCAAAUCGAUGAAGUCCUGCAACAUGGUUGCGCCAUCCGCUCCACUGUCGCCCUCGCCAAUUCCACGUCGUGGCUGUCCGUACGGUCGUAAGAAGUUCCGUUGCCCUUUCAACAUGAACGGUGGAUCUCAACUACCGAAGGAUUGCCUGCUCGUGCGUGUCUGUGGUAACGCCAGACUCUCAAGAGUCAUCACAAUGCCAUUGCCUGCAAUGAACUGUAGCGAAACCAUCAAUGUUUCAGUGCCUCUUAUGAUUCCAGAUAUUCCAAGUAAAGUUGACGAAUAUCUUGUCGGUGAAUUCUGGAGAGUGUGUACAAGCGAUGGUUUCUACUUUGGUGAUCAACUUUGGAUAAGUUUAUUACUUUAUUUUAAUAUAUAA